GGUUAUCCGAUGUUGAAUUUUUGGGUGAACUGUUGUUAUUAUUGCUGUUGCUGCUGCUUAGUAUGAUAUAUUGCUAGGUAACUGUUGACAAUCUUAUUAUGUUAAACAGCAAUCAAGAACGCAGUUAUUGAUUAAUCCAGUUUUUGUUCACUUUUUGGGAAACUUGGAAGAAGGAAAUUCUGUUGGUUUUGUCAUCUCAAAUUAAAUUUGCUGUCUUCAUAGGUUGAUUUGUAUAGGUACCAAAAAAGUUCAUUCGCCGGUGUUCUUGUUCAUGUACUUCUCUUGUUCGUUCUCUGGAAGAAACAUGUUUGUUUUUUUAAUUUGAUGUUGAAUUGAUUUCUGCAGGCAAAUCACUAGUAUUUUGUGGCUUAAUAUUUAUAAACCUAGAAUAGAUACAUUGGAGUUGUAGGAGAUGCCUAGAGACUUAUCAAGGUCACGAUCUCGUUCACCUUCAUAUAGGCGGAGGGACAGAUAUAGCAGGAGGAGCCGAAGAGACAGAAGCAUUUCUCCAUAUUCAUCAUAUUCUCAUAGCAGAAUGGAAGCACAAACUGUUCAAGUUGAUCUGUAUGCAUCUUAUCCUUCUUAAUUGUUCUUCUUGUGAUUCUCUUAUAUAUUUCAGGAUUUUCUGAAACCUUAUAAAGCUCAAGUAAAUACUUUGAUGAUUGCCCUUCAAGAAGGGAUUUUUAUAUUUUAUAUUACCACUUUAUAUUUAAAGUUCAUAAGUUCAGUCCUGAGUUUGAAUUGGGCACACGCUGGGUGGUUUGAAUGCCAAAUUUGAGGUAUUUGCGCUGUUGAAAUGCUGUAUAAAGAAACUUGGCACUAUUUAAGUUGAUAACAACAAAAUCAAGUAUGAGCAGGGAAAGAAUUUGUUUACUGUAUGUAGUGAAUGUAUCUGUUCUCUUUGUUAUUUGUUGAAGGUUUGAUGGCUUCUAUCUUGUAGUGCAAAUGCAGAAAAUCUUGGUCUUUAUCCUUUGAUUAUGUGCACUUCAAGGCUCGUGUUCCAUACAGUAUUGUUUUACCUUGCAACUUUUCAAGGAAGAUUUUCAUUAUUUGGCUCCCUUCUUCGUUAUAUGAUUGAGUGGUCUUUUUUUCGGCUUUUAGUAUACUUGCGGAUAGUGCUGUUUUGGGUCUUUUCUUCAAGUUCUUUGGAAAUAAACUUAUGUCGCUGAUUUUAUUGAAAGAAGUUGAUGACUAUGUUGCUUGACAUGGAAGCGAGAAUUCAUAUGGGCUCAUGAAUAUGGGGAACCAUCAUUUUCCGUGGAAAGUUCUAAUGAUGUAAAAAAAAUUGGAUAUUUGGAGAAUAAUCUAGUGUUUUGAGAGAGGCUGCCUGUUCAUUGUUAGAAAAUUUUAAAAAACUCGGUUUCUUCCUAUCAAAUGGGAUGGGAAGUGAGCAGGUGAUGGGUGCCGAUGGGUGUCCUUUUCGUUGCUCGAUUGUGACUUAGCUUCUUCAUGUGAUAAAAGAUGGAGCUGAUUAUUCUAAACAAUGUAUGAGGUAACUGUACAUGCUCUUAUAUUUAUUGUGCAAAAUGGUAGGGUGCUUCGAUGCUUAGAAUCAUGCAUUUAGUAGUCCUAAAUUAUUUGGCUGUUGCUCAAUGGUAUGCAUGCUAUUGUACAGACGAAAAAGCCGGUCUAUUUCACCUCGGUAUCGCAGAAGUCGUUCUCCUACCACAAGACGUCAUAGAAGCCGUUCUCCAACUACAAGACGUUAUAAGAGACAGAGGAGUAGGAGUUCGUCACUGUCUCCUCCUCGUAAAUCUUCUAGUCCAAGUCUUGGAUCAUUAGACCAUAGAACUGCCAGUGACAAACUGAAAAAAGAAGAAGAGGAGAAGAAGAGGCGUCAGCAGGAAGCAGAACUUAAACUGAUAGAAGAAGAGACUGCAAAGAGAGUGGAAGAAGCUAUUCGAAGGAGAGUUGAAGAGAGUUUAAAAUCUGAAGAGAUUGAACUAGAAAUACAAAGGCGAUUGGAGGAGGGAAGAAGGAAACUUCAUCAUGAAGUUGAACUUCAACUUGAGAAGGAAAAAGAAGCUGCUGUUAUUGAGGCUAAGCGAAAGGAGGAAUUAGAUCGAAGAGAGAAAGAAGAGUUGGAAAAAAUGCUUGAAGAGAACCGGAAGAGGGUAGAGGAAGCUCAGAGGAAGGAAGCAUUGGAGCGGGAGAGAAAGGAGGAGGAGAGAUACCGGGAACUAGAAGAGCUUCAAAAGCAAAAAGAAGAGGCUCUGAGAAGGAAGAAGCAAGAAGAGGAGGAAGAGCGUGUAAAACAGAUGAAGCUGUUAGGUAAGAACAAAUCCAGGCCAAAGUUAUCCUUUGCAAUAGGAUCUAAAUGAGUAUGCCUGGAAAUAGUUGGAUUUCUUAUAAGAAAACAAGAAGAAUUAUUCCCAUGCUUGCAUUUGUAAUUAUAUGUUGAUUAAUACGGUUUUUGGUUCUCACCUGAUGAA